CGAGAUUUGAUGGGGGAGCAUGCAGAAAUGCUACGAAGGAGGGUGUGGAAAUCUUUCACUAGCUCAAAAAGCGGCUAACUGAAAUAUCUGACGCACAAAAUAUUGUUUGCAGGUUAUUAUACUUAUAAGAAGCCUGGCAAUCUCUUAAAAUACAGUUAUUAAGAGGGUUCUAAUAUGGGCCAUGAGCCCUUUGAUGUCAUACAACGAGCGGUCUCCUAAAAGUCCGGCGUGGAACCGCGAAUCUCGGGGUUGUUGAAAGAGAACGUUCGAUACCUGACGCCAGGAUGGAGAAGAGGACGGUUCCUGAUGAGGUGAAGAAAUUCCUUCGUGCAGUACUGCUCUCUCAGCAAGGGGGCGUCCCUGUCAAGCGACUUCGUAAUGACUACCAGAAUCUGAUUGGACAUGUGCUGGACUGGAGAGGACUGGGUUUUACCAGGAUUGAAGACUUUGUCAAGGCUAUGCCUGAUGUCUGCAGACUCGAAGCCUUUGGGCCAGAGAAGGAGCUAAGAGUUUAUGGGAUUGGUGACCCUGACUCUUACAUGUCCAGUUUUGCAAUUAAGGCCCAGGAUGUCAAAGGACCACCUAAAAAACGAUUAAGAAACAGGGGCAAGAGGAAAGACCAGAAGGCAUCUCCAGCAGUGAAAGGAUCUGCCAAGGGUAGCACAUGUAAUGGCAGUGGUGACAAUCCCCAUGAGCUCCAGCCAAACCACCUUGGCCUGUACAGUGUCUGUAUGAGGAGGAGGUUUGACUGCUCAGACCAGGAUAUCAAAAUAUUCUUCUCUGCAGCUGGACAGGUGAAGGAAGUCCACCACUCAGAAUGGAUGACAUUUGUUCGGUUCAACACUGUGAGAGAAGCCACAGCAGCACUUAAUGAGUUACCAGCAGUCCUGCUGGGGAGGGACAUCAGUGUUCAACCUGGCAAGGCCAGGAGCAAUGGUGCUUCACCGGAGCCUGCUGGGAAAAGGCUGAUGGAAAGAAAUGCCAUUGACUCAGGUAUUUCAAGGUCCCCGUGUUAUCCAGAGAGCCCUACAUCACAAUAUCCAGUCCACGAGGUCAUUGCGACUCAUCUGACCAGGGAUACUACAGAGGAGGAAGUUUGGAAUUUGUUUGCUCCCUUUGGUGUCACUGAUGUUAGAGUUAAGAAACAAGGAGCACAGGAGUAUGGAUACGCCUUCAUUCGCUUCACAUCAGCCAAAAGUGUGGACAAAGCCAUCGAGGUCCUGGACAACUCUGUCUUCAAUGGACAACAGAUACAGGUAGAGCUGACGAAGAGAGCUCGGGAAGCUCGGAAACUUGGGUUUGCAGCUGAGCAGGACAGAGGUGUACACGCAAACAGUAGACAAGCUGCAGCAAUGUCUACAAAGAACUCAGAUUCCGGUUUGGGGAUGUCAACUGCUACCCGUCCCAAUGGUCCUUCUGCAGAGCAGGAACCCUCACCAAAGUUCAUGAGUUACAGCACCAUGGCACAGAUGCUGUGUGAAUGCAGUGGUGACCAAGAAGUACCCAGCAGUCCUCCCCCCGCUGCCAGCUACCCAGAGGAACUCAAUGUCAUAGUCACAGAGGUGGUGGAUGGCUGCCACUUCUGGGGUCAAGUUAAUCUGGAGGGAAAGAACAACCUGUUAGAACUGCAGGAGCUCCAGACCGGUUUGAACCAGCUGUGCCCUGCCCCGCCCCUCCCACCAGGAGAGAGAACUGGGGCAGCACCGUUUGAAGGGGACUGGUACAGAGUGUGGGUGCAGGAAGAACUGCCAGAAGAACAGCUGCAGGUGGUGUUUGUGGACUAUGGCAACACGGCAGUGUUACCACGUACAGAGGUGUCACCCCUGCUCAUUUCAGAGUUUUGGGACCUCCCUCCUCAAGCAGUCCCAUUCAAACUUGCAGGACUUAGCCCUGACACAAGCUUCGGACACAACAAGCUGAAAGAGAUUCUCAGUUGCCAAGUGGUCUCAGUGAUGCAAAGUCAGUCCAGAACAUGCAAGCCCCAUAUUCUGGAAGUUAAGGUUUACACUCCAAAUGCCACAGACUGCGCAUCAGUCAACUCCCUCAUGAAAAAGGAGGCAUCUGAAGAAGAAUGUUCAUUCUCGGAGAAACCUUUUAAGGGUGCUGCACAAGAAGAACCCAAGUGCCAAACCAACAGCAGCAAAUAUGUGCCAAUAGCAGAUGACAAUGCAAGUGACCACAGUGUUUCUAAACAGGAAGCUACUAUAGAUGGAACGAGAGCUAAGGGACAUAUUUUCUCUAACAGCACAGCACGUAAUCAAGAAACAAAGCAUUCCUCGCAACAGAAAGAAGCUGGCAGAAAGUUCAAUGAUGGGACAUUCCAGCAAAGAGGUGAUGAAAGAGAUCACCAGAUGUUUCAGUCACCUUUCCUAAGUGACAAGGAGGAAGCAGUGUUGAAGAAGAUGAGUACAAACAACCAGAGAAUGGAGAGACCAUACCGCACAGACACAGGAAGAAGACACCAGGAAACACUGGCAGGUCAGCAGCAGCAAGGACUGCUGGGAACACCAGUCACCCAGUAUGUUCCUCAGCUUCAGUUCAAAGGGCAAAUGUUUACCUUACAGGCCAAGGUAUCAGAGGUGGUGACACCCGAGCUGUUCUAUAUCCAGUCAGUAGACAGCACCCUGCUGAACAAGGUGUCACAAAGUCUCCAGAAUGCAGCAAACAAAAGGACAGCACAGGAGUUGUCAGAUAUGAAGACCCUGUGUAACCAGACUGGACAGGUCAUGUGUAUCUACAGUGAGAAACACCACAUGUGGAGGAGGGUGCGCAUCAUGGGUGUACUGCCACAUAUGGUAAAUGUACAGCAUGUGGACUACGGCACUGUGGAGCUGACCCAGCUGCACAACCUGUUCCCCCUCCCACCUGACCUGCUGGCCGUCCCCAUACUGGCUAGACCAGCAUGCCUUGCCAAUGCCACGCCCAACCCCAAGGAUGAAGGUUGCUGGACAGAAGGAGCCAACGCCUUCCUCAAGGGGCUCACAGCCAACAAGGUCCUGUAUGCAGAGGUAAGUGGAGAACAGGCAGGAGGCAAGCUUGUGGUUACACUUUGGGACUCCGUGGAGAAAAAGACAAACAUCUGCCAGCAGCUCAUGGACCAAAAUUAUGCUGUCUGCAGUCAGCCUCUCAUGCCACUGCCUGGACUGAACCCAAGUUUGAUCCAGGGGAAACAACCACUUGUGCCUACACCCCAGCCUCCACAGAUCAGCAGCCAGCCCUUCUUCCUCCAAGAUCAGAAACCACACAUUCCCGUCCCACAACACCCAAUGUUUUCUCAUAUCCCUUACCAACGGCCUGCUCCAAAACAAAGGAUCUCGUUGACAGAGAGGUUUUCACAGCAUGGGAAUCAGCAGACACCUGUUCCAGUGUUGGGUGGAGGCGGAGCCUUCAGGGUGAUGGUUAGAGCAGAAGAUAGGAAGGAAAGAAUAACAGAUGGAGGAGAAAAGAGUGGGCCUACAGUAGAACAGUCAAGAGGGGCAGGAGACAGUGGCGAGAGAAGAUUCAUCAAGAAAGAUCUUAAGGACCAAGAGAUCCGUUAUCAAGCAGCAGCAAGGAAUGAAGAUGGAAACAAGACAGGUCCCAGCUUUGCAACAAUGCAGCCUGGUAAGUUUGUUUCCAACAAUGUGAGAGGCCCUGAAAAACCGUAUGAUCCUCACAGGGGCAGUAGAAACAUUUGGAAGAAGUCUGGAAAUGUUAGCAGCCCUCUGUCUCUUGGGGCAGAGAGAAUCAUCCUGCACCAAAUAAUCGGUGAUGUGGAGGAGACACGCAACAAGUCUGAGACAAACAGUGAUUAUGGAGCAGAAAACAAAGUCAAAAGCGAAAGGAGAAACUCUGGUGCCAGCGAUCGAUCAAUAGAGCUGGCUAACAGAUUGGAGGAGCUCAUUCAGAUAGACAAAGAGAGGGAAAAUGCAAGUUACACAAUAAGAAGUAAGAGUCCAGCUGCAAACCAGCAAGGGAACGAUCUACUGGAUGGCAAGUUCCAGGGAUGUUUCCCAACCACCAGUGGAUUGUCAGCAGUUGACCUUCUAACCUCCCAACUGAUUGAACUGCACACAGAGCAGUAAUGUUUUUGUAGCUAAUUAGUACAGUACAGACUUGCAGUCUAAUUAGAGCUCAUCAUCAAUGCAAAACAGCAUAAUCCCAGGUUCCAUUUGAGGAUCAUCGUAGAAUUAAAGAGGUUUUCAGUACACCUGUAAUUUUAAUUUUGAUUUAACUUCAAUUUUUGAGUGUAUAUGGUUCACUUUACAUAUAAGUGCACUUAAUCCAUAAAUAAAAAGUUGGUACAUAGUUCUCACUAGUUUCUAGCCAUCCUGCUUGAUAAAAAUCAUAGUUGUUUACUUGACUUUGUUUUUGACAUGAGGUAGGUAAGAGAACGUAUUGUAAUUUACAUUAUUACCUGACUAUAGUUAAGCAAGGACGUUGAAUAGAGUUUGAAUUCCUGUACGCAGCAUGCAAGAAGGUUCUUUACUAAGCAGUUAUUGUGAGGAGACUGAUUUUCUGUUGAGAUAUCUUGCAUACUUGUGAAAAAAGUAUGAAUGUUGACCUUGUAAUGAGCCUACAAUGUUUGUACAACUUUCAUGUAAAAUGAGGCCUUAUGUACAUUUAUUUAUUAUAGCACUUUUGUUACAGCACCCUUACCUUACAAAUUAGUUGUCACCAAAUCAUAUUUUAAGUAGUCUAAUUAGGUUUGCAUUUUCCCUUCGAAAUGACCUCACAGAACUUUAAGAAUUAAUGGAUCUGUUCCAGUUCUGAAUUUUUUUUCCAAAAUUCUGUACAUUCCAAGAAAACAAAGAAAAGAUGCAAGCAGACAUAGAUAUAUAAAUCACACAGGCAUAAGUUUAAUAGUUUCUCUGAUGCUGCAAACUUACUUUUGCAAAUACAAUAAUAUGCCUUGUAAUACAAAGUUAUUACAAAACAUGUCAGAUAUUUGUCUUCUCAUUUUAUGGCUUCUUACUGGAUAAGACUUUUACACUUUAUCAAGCAGCAAUUACAACAUAAAUUAAGUAAAUUUUAUUUCCCUGUCAUUAAACACAGAUUUAAGUUUACAUUUAGUGAUCCAAAUACAUAUACAUACCAUACCAAAUACAUAUACGUACAUGUAUGUAAAAUACAGUUAAUUUCUUUAUAACAACUGUCAAGGCUUCUCUAGCCAUUUACAAAAUAUUCAGGGUAUACUUAAUUUAAAAGGGUGCUACAUGUUGUAUUUAUCAAAAUCAAUUCGAAGUAGAAAACUGCAGGCUGCAAACAUAAUGACUUAAGCCCAGAGUUUUACAGUAUCCCCAUGUGGUAUUUUGACCGCUUGCCUACCUACAUCCCACUUCUAGCAGCCUUUCCAUUGAUCAGGUCCCUAUAAGAAGCUUGAUGGCCAGCACCUCUCUAAGUCCGCAGACUAAUUUUGUUUAUGCAUGUGGUAACAAGUAUUGUCAAACUGAGAAAUCCCUGUUAAUACAGUGUUGGGGGCUGUGAUGACUGAUUUCCAUAGUUACUGAGCUAAUGCACUUUUUAUACUGGUAAAGGUCAUUGAGCUCCUUUCUGUGGUUCUGAGAAUAGGAAUGAUUCUCUUGUUAGACUUGUGUGGCCACAAGCUUUUGGGGUCCCCUGGAGGAUGAGACCCAAUCAGCCUCUGUCUGCAAGAGAUACUAGUACCGGUACUAGUAGGCUAUGUUGACCUCAUGAUGACAGCCCACAGGUAAAGAGUGCACACAUGUAGAGUGGUGUCACCAUGUUGUCCACCUGGGAGGUGAAGGCUUCCAAUAACGACGUCAGACACACGACUGUCACCAUGGGGAUCCAGUUGGCAGUAAAACCAGGCUGCACACC